AUGUCAACGGUCUUUCAUGUCACUGUUCACGUUGCGCCGCAGGAUGUCUCGAGAUUUCUGCGGGCUGCGGAGCCGACAAUUGAAAAGAUGAAGAAAGAGUCCGAGCUGAUGUAUUUCGAGAUGUAUCAAGUUCAUGACUCUCCUGGUACGAUUACGUGGAUUGAGAAAUGGUCAGAGCCAGUAGACUGGAUAAUGAAGGUUAGUUGGAGUGGCUUCCCGUGUAUGGCCUUUGGCUGA